CCGGAGCUCUCUCGUGCUCUCUCUCUCUCUCUCUCUUUUUCUAGCUCUAGUGAUUGCAGGGUGAUGGGGAGCGCGGCGCAGGUUCCCACGAGCUUCGGCCAGGAGCUGAGGGCGUGCCUUCGUUGCAGACUCGUCAAGACCUACGACCAGUUUAGAGAAAUGGGUUGCGAGAACUGCCCGUUCUUCAAUAUGGAUAAAGACCACGAGAGAGUGGUCGAUUGCACAACUCCAAAUUUUAGUGGGAUAAUUUCAUGCAUGGAUCCAACUAGAAGUUGGGCUGCUCGUUGGUUGAGAAUUGGCAAAUUCGUCCCGGGCUGUUACACCCUUGCAGUUUCAGAACAACUUCCGGAAGAAAUGCAGGCUGUUUGUGAAGAUAACAAUGUUCCUUAUGUGCCACCAAAACGCAUAUGAUUAACUCCAUCUCUCCUGUAUUGUUCUUUCUCUUUCUCUGGAUAGCAAUGUGCUCUAUGUGAAACUUCUCCUCUUUAUAUGUAAAAUUUUUUUGCUCCUUUUAUCCUUUAAAAUGUCUACCACCUUGUGGCCUAUAACUCUUCCUGCGAGCUGUACAUUUGCAAUCACAAAUUUAAAUGGGUCUGAACGGGACUGCAAAAUAUGUUGGAAGUAGGAUGAGAAUUGAACAGAUGCAGGUGAAAACUGUCAUCCCUGUACCAGAGUCGACCCAUUGGUAUACCUACUUGUUAUGUUCUUGUGCUGAUGGGAAUGUUCUUUAAUUUGGUUUCUCAUGUGA